UUUAUUUAUGCCGCAAAUAAUGGAUUUCUUUUCCAUUCCUCUCACGCAUCGAGAUGUCACCAAAUUUUAUAUAAAGAUGUUUCGAGAGAGUGUGGAAUACCGGCGAGAUCAUAACAUCGUCAGACACGACUUCAUGAAUUUACUUAUACAAUUCAUGGAGAGAGGCUUUGUUGAUGAUUCUAAUGAUGACAGGAACACCACCGAUAUGUCAUCAAACCUAAAAAAACUUACUAUGAAAGAAGCUACUGCGCAAAGCUAUAUUUUUUUCCUAGCUGGCUUCGAAACCAGUUCGACGACGAUGACAUACGCUCUGUAUGAAAUGGCUCAACAUCAAGAUAUACAAGACAAAGUUCGUGAAGAAAUCGAUGAAGUAUUGGCAAAGUAUGAUAAUUUAACCUAUGAUGCUGUAAAUGAAAUGCUAUAUCUUCACAAAGUAAUAAAUGAGACUAUGAGGAAAUAUCCACCUCUUCCUGGUUAG